AUGAAAGUUUUUAAAACGUUAUUGUCAAUGGAUAGGAGCACUUUAAAAUGUUUAAUUUGUGGAAGAAAUGCAUCUUGUCAUAAUUAUGGGGUGCUCACGUGCAAUGCGUGCAAAAUGUUCUUCCGACGCGUUGUGAUUGAGCAGAUAACCUACCAGUGCAGGAACUGGAAAAAAUGCCUCGAAAAUGCCGAUCAGUUCAAACCACGAUGCAAAGCUUGUCGCUUUGAAAAAUGCGUGAGACUUGGGAUGAAGCUUGGCCCAAUAGCAAUGGAAAAACUUUACAAAACGAAACCGAUGAGUCAUCCAGAUUUUGCAACAAAUGCUCUAAUCCAAGAAGUUUUGUAUUUAAACUACACAAAACGGUACAAAUUAUGCAAUUUCUACACAUCGGAGAAUCCAACGUUGGAGGAAAUGGUUCAAACAACAUUCUGGUCAGGGAUGAAGCGGAAGACUGAAAAACAAGAAAUUUCCGUGGCAGAAUGGAGUUUUCAAGCUACUUAUAUUGCUGUUGAGACGUUUUUAAGUUUGGAAUUCAUGAAUUUAAUUGAGAAUGAUGAAAAGGUUGUGCUUCUCCGAAAUUUCUCCUCGAAAUCAAUAGUCCUUGAUAGUGCAAUGAGGGCUCUGAAUGCAAAAGUUGAUAGAGUGACAACACCAGAUGGCGAGGAUAUUUACUCGGAUAUAAUAUUGUCGAUGUUCUCCGCUGGAUUUUUAAAUAGCAUACAAUGCGGUUUAGUGUCUCGUGUUGCCGAGCUUAAAGUCACCGAGUUGGAGCACGCUAUGCUGAGUGUCUUGCUGUUUUGUAAUCCAGCCAUCCACCCGUUGUCUGAAAGAACUCGAAGACUGCUAGCAACCCGGCAGAAGUCAUAUAGUUCUACCCUUCUUCAAUAUUGCCUCCUAUCCUAUCAACAAUCGGGACCAUCUAGAUUUGCAGACCUUCUGUCAAUAUCACACGUGAUCAAUAAGACAUCAGAAGAUGCAAACAGUCUUACAACACUUUGCCAGCUGUACUUUCCAAAAUCUAAACUUAAACACUUAUUAAUUGAUACUUGUAUUAAUGCAUGAUAAUUUUUUUUGGGCAAAUAUGUAAAUAAAAAU